AUGAGUGGUGUCUUGGGGCGAGCAACACUGUGCGCGCCUGCGUUGGCGCGCGUCGGGCCAUCAAACGCCAAGCACCUCUUCGAGGCUCUGCGACAGACCCGGACGCGACAGACGGUCUGCUUCUCGCGCUCAUUCUCGGCCUCGUUGGCCGUCCGCGGCCAUGACCGGCCCUCGUCGGCCGGCCAGCCGCCCCAGAAGACGGUCGGGGACGGCAGGGAGCCGGUGACAACGACCAAGAGUCAGCAGAGAAAGGCCUACGACCGUCCGUGGCUGCGCGAGAGCAGCAAUGCCUUGCCCGAGGCCACCUCCAACGACCCUGCCGCCGGGGACGGCACCAAAGGCCGCCUGUUGACGACACCCACUCGGCUGCUCAAGCUCAUCCUUCCCAUGCCCUUCAACCCCGAGCAGGAACACAUCAACGCUAGCGAGGAAGAGAAGCGACACUGGAGCAAGGAGACGGUCGAGCCCCUGGCCCUGCUCGUCCACCCCCAGCAGCCGCUCUCGUACCUGGAACGCCUGAUACAAGCCGAGAUCCCCCCGAUGCGCAAGGGCAACCGAGAAAAGCUUCCCGACGUCAUCUUCCGUGCAGAGUCGGGUCACAAGAAGCCCAAGGGGGACUCGGCCGAGAAGCGCGGCGCAAACGUCGCCCCAUACUCGGGCCUCGGACGCGAGGGCCCCAGCAAGAGCGAGACCAGCUGGGUGCGGUGGAGCAGCAGCACCGAGGUCGGCGACUUUAUCAGGGACGCGGCGCACGGGCGAGAGUUUGCCAUCGACAUCGAGGGCCUCUCCCAGGAGCUUCGCGUGGCCGUGCCGAGCUUCAAGGACCGCACCUACUACAUGCGCAUGCGGCUGAGGAAGAUGUCUCGCCAGAUCGACAAAAUGUCGCACGUCAAAAAGGACUGCGACCUGCUGGCACACAAGGGCGCAUACCGCCUGGCCAAGGGCGGCUUCGCGGCGCUCGCCGGCUGGUGGGGCAUCGUCUACUACGUCACCUUCCACACCGACAUGGGAUGGGACCUCGUCGAGCCCGUCACCUACCUGGCCGGCCUGGCCACCAUCAUGGGCGGCUACCUGUGGUUCCUAUUCAUCAGCCGGGACCUCAGCUACAAGGCGGCCAUGAACGUGACGGUGUCGCGCCGGCAAAACGCCCUCUACCAGGAACGCGGCUUUGACCAGCAGAAGUGGGACCAGCUGGUCCACGAGGCAAACCUGCUGAGGAGGGAGAUUAAGCUGGCGGCCACCGAGUACGACGUCGAGUGGGACGAGAUGGGCGACCUCGGCGGCGAGGAGGUCCGACAGGUCCUCGAGGAGGAGCGCAGCGAGAGGAAGAGGCGGAGGCAGGAUGAUGACGAUGGCGACGAGGACGAGGAUGAGGGCGACAAGGGCGACAAGGGCAAGGCAAAUGAGGGGGACAAGGGCGGGGAUACAGGCAAGGACGCUUCCAAAGAGCAGUGA